AUGAAGUUAAACGGAAUUCGAUUUGGGCGUUUUCUCACUUCUUCUUCUUCUUCUUCCCCAAAUUGUAAGUUUCGUCGCCGAUUAGGUUUUUUUCUCUCUCAGAUUCGUGAUUUCGGUAAAAUAUCCGUCGCAGAUCGCAAUUUUCUCGAGAAAUUCAAUUCUGAUCUGCAAAAUGUUAACGACCGAUUCGAAGCUCUUAAUCUGUACGCAACUCUGAGCACAACGAAUCCUCUUCCUUCUGUAAUAACUUUCAAUCGGCUGCUUUCGCGCACAGUCAACAACCUCAAAGAAUAUUCCACCGCCAUUGCCAUUUUCAAACGCAUCUGCAAUUUGGGGAUCUCAGUCGAUGUAUACACUCUCAACAUCGCCGCCAACAGUUUUUGCCUCUCGAACCAAGUUAAUCAAGGGUUUUCGAUUAUGGGUUCGUUCUUCAAGCGCGGUUUUGCUCCCGAUGCAUUCACUUUAGGCACCUUGUUAAACGGUUUGAUUAUCGAAAACAGGAUUUCCGAUGCGCAGGAAUUGUUCGACAAGAUCGUAAGAGAAGAGGCGUGCGAGGUCAAUGCUUUCUUUUACGGUAUAAUGAUCUAUGGGCUCUGCGGGUCGGGCAAUACAUCAAUGGCGAUCGAAUAUUUGCGAGUGAUGGAAAAACAUCGAUAUAAGGCCGACGUCAGAAUAUACACCAUGAUUAUCGACAGCUUAUGCAAGAGUCGGAAAAUAGACUCUGCCAUGGAAUUUUUUGUCGAAUUGUUAGGGAAAGGUAUAAAACCUAACGUUGUCACGUACACUGCGUUGAUUUGUGGGUUCUGUAGUUCGAGCCGUUGGAAAGAGGUGAACGAAUUAUUGAACGACAUGAUAAUAAAUCGGAAGAUAUAUCCGAAUAUUGUGACGUUCGGUACAUUGAUCAAUGCUUAUUGUAAGGAAGGACUAAUGGACGAAGCCGAGCGUGUGAUAAAUAUCAUGAAGGAGAAAAACCUGGCUCCAGAUUUAGUUUCCUAUUGUGCCCUCAUGGGUGGGUAUUGCACGCAAGGGCGUUUGGAUGAAGCUAGGCGAGUUUUCGAUUUGAUGGUUUAUGGAGAUAAUAAUAAUAUUGGUUUUAAUGUUUACAGUUUCAAUAUCUUGAUCAACGCGUAUAUUAAGAAUAUGCAGAUGGAAGAGGCGAUGGGUAUCUUCCACGAGAUGCGUCGUAAAGGAGUUGAGCCGAAUAUAGCUACGUAUAACUUUUUAUUAGCAGAGUUGUUUAACGACGGUAGAUUAAGUACUGCGAUGGAGCUUUUCGAUAAGUUGCAAGCCGUGUGGCGAAUACCGAACUCGUAUACUUACUCGGUUGUUUUGAGGGGACUGUGUAAGAACGGGGAAGUUGAACGAGCACUAUUGUUGUUGGAGGAAUUGGAGAAGAAAGGCGAGAAUCUCCGUACUAGUUACUACAAUACGAUAAUGGACGGGUUUUGUAGAUUGAACGAGCUCGAAAAACUUGGUGUGAUUCGAGCUAUAUUUAGAGGUCUUUCUUGUAAGAAAUUGGAGCCCGAUGUGGUAAGCUAUAAUAUCCUAAUUAAAGGAUGUUGUCAACAUGGUCUAAUGGACGAAGCUAUUGAUCUUCUCGAGGAAAUGGAAGGUACGGGUUUGUUGCCCGACGAGGUUACGUACAAUAAUAUUGUUCGAGGGUUUUUGGCGAGGGGCAAUUACGACAGUUUUGAUGAUGCGGUGAAGUUUCUUGAUAAAAUGCAAGAAAGAAAGCUCCCGCCAGAUGAAUCGACCUCGGAAUUGUUGUUUGAAUUACUCGGGAAAAUUAAACACGAUAAUGUGAUUGAAAAGUUAGGUCCGAGUAAUCUGAGAAAAUAA